AUGUCAUGGAUCACAAAGGUCAGACCAUAUGCUACUGUUCUUUUAGACGGUUUAGCAGACUGGGGAAUUGAGAAAAUGUUCUGCAUCACAUUAGAUAAUGCAACUGCUAAUACUUCUGCUAUUAGGAGGUUCCAUAGUGAGUUUAGGUCAAUUUCUCCUGAUGCUUUGGUCUUAGAUGGGAACCUUUUGCACAUGAGGUGUUCUGCUCAUAUUAUCAACUUGAUUGCUAAGGAGGGGUUGAAUGAUUUAGGCGAGAGUGUCUUGGCUAUCCGUAAUGCUGUUCAGUAUGUUCGAUCUUCUACCAGUCGGUUGAAUGCAUUUGAUCAAAGAGUCCUGACUGGUAAGAUGACUCGUGGUAGCUUGCCCCUAGACAUAAAUACUAGGUGGAAUUCAACUUUUCUCAUCUUAUCUAGAGCAAUGCAGUUUAAGAUAGCAUUUGAUAGGAUGGAAGCUGAAGAUAGGUUGUAUAAUGACUACUUUUUAGAAGUAGAAAACGGGUCUAAGAGGUGUGGACCACCUGCUGCUAGCGAUUGGAGUGCUGUUGAGAAGCUAAUUCGAUUUUUGAUCAUCUUUUACAACAGCACUCUGGUUGUUUCAGCCUCAUCUAAGGUCAAUGCAUUCAAAUGCUAUGGUGAGAUUGUGACAAUCGAGAGAAAUCUCAAUCUUUUAGCUAGUAGCUUAGACUCUGAGUUGAAGGUAAAAGCAUCUGAAAUGUUGAAGAAGUUCUUGAAGUAUUGGGAUGGCAUCAAAGGUGUCAACAAAAUGGUGAUCCUAGCGACAAUCUUUGAUCCUAGGAAUAAGAUGCAUUUUGCUAAGCUUUGUUUUGAGAAACUGUAUGGGAAAGACGGCUUCGAGGCCAAGGAAAUGCUAAAGUUAGUGACUGAUCUUCUCACAUGCAUGUUCAAUGAGUACAACAUGCGUUUCAGAGGGGCUUCUGGACAAGCAUCACAGUCGCAGGUGGCUUCUAAUGUCCCUGGUUCAGAGUCUCAGGAACAAGCAACAGACAGAAUGGAACUGGUAGUUGACGAUUUUGGCUAUGAAAGAAUGGAUGUUGUGUACAAGGAUCUUGUUGCUGCAAAAGGUGAAGAUAUAAGGGAUGAGCUGGAAGUUUACUUGAAGAAAGCUGUAGAGAAUCCUAAGAUCUUAAUGGGACUCGAUUUUGACAUUCUGUCACGGUGGAAGGUGUACAAAAUCAAGUACCCGGUUCUUGCAGAAAUGGCUAGAGAUCUCUUUGCUAUGCAAGUAUCAUCAGUGGCAUCGGAAAGUGCUUUUAGCACAAGUGGAAGGAUAUUGGAACCGCAUAGAAGUUGUUUAACUCACUUCAUGAUUGAGGUUCUUGUGUGUACUGAGCAAUGGAUGAAAGCUGACAUCAAGCUUAAUGCAAGCAUCACUACAAAUGAACAAAUCCUAGCUGAUGUUGAGAUGCUUGAUAAGCUUGAGAAAGAGUUUGAAGCUCAAAACAUUGGCGAUUGA